UUUCGAGCACUUCCUAGGUCGAGGCCCGAAAGCGGCUGCGCAGAGCACCGGGGCAGCCAGAGCGUUGGGGCUGUUCGGGGCAGGAGGCUUCGCGGCCGCCGCGGAGGGGAAGCGUUGUGCGGAGUUGGUCGCCUCCGGCGGCCACCGGGGCACCGUCGCCAUGUCUCGGGGCUCGAUCGAGAUCCCCCUCCGGGACACGGACGAGGUCAUUGAACUUGACUUUGACCAGUUACCAGAAGGGGAUGAAGUGAUAAGCAUUCUGAAACAGGAACAUACUCAGCUGCACAUAUGGAUUGCUCUAGCGUUGGAAUAUUACAAGCAAGGCAAAACAGAAGAUUUUGUGAAGCUGUUAGAAGCUGCUCGUAUAGAUGGAAACCUGGAUUACAGAGACCAUGAAAAAGAUCAGAUGACUUGCUUAGAUACUUUAGCAGCUUACUAUGUACAGCAGGCUCGUAAAGAAAAGAAUAAAGACAAUAAGAAGGAGCUUAUUACGCAAGCUACACUGCUGUACACGAUGGCUGACAAAAUCAUCAUGUAUGAUCAGAAUCACUUAUUGGGCAGAGCCUGUUUCUGUCUUCUGGAGGGUGAUAAAAUGGAUCAAGCUGAUGCACAGUUCCAUUUUGUACUCAAUCAGUCCCCUAAUAACAUUCCAGCUCUUCUUGGUAAGGCAUGCAUUUCAUUCAACAAAAAAGAUUAUCGAGGUGCCCUUGCUUACUACAAAAAGGCACUGAGAACCAACCCAGGCUGUCCAGCUGAGGUUCGCCUGGGCAUGGGCCACUGUUUUGUAAAGCUGAGCAAGCUGGAGAAAGCUCGCCUGGCAUUCAGCAGAGCACUGGAACUCAAUUCCAAAUGUGUAGGGGCUUUAGUUGGACUUGCCGUUCUGGAACUCAAUAACAAAGAGGCUGAUUCUAUCAAAAAUGGUGUCCAGCUGCUCUCUAGAGCAUACACAAUUGAUCCUAGUAACCCAAUGGUGUUAAAUCACUUGGCUAAUCACUUCUUCUUCAAGAAGGAUUAUGGUAAAGUCCAGCACUUGGCUCUUCAUGCUUUCCAUAACACAGAGGUUGAAGCAAUGCAGGCAGAAAGUUGCUACCAGUUGGCAAGGUCUUUUCAUGUUCAGGAAGAUUAUGAUCAAGCUUUCCAGUACUACUACCAAGCUACACAGUUUGCUUCCUCUUCUUUUGUACUACCAUUUUUUGGACUUGGUCAAAUGUAUAUUUAUCGAGGAGACAAAGAAAAUGCAUCACAAUGUUUUGAAAAAGUAUUGAAAGCCUACCCUAACAAUUAUGAAACUAUGAAAAUUCUUGGAUCCCUUUAUGCUGCUUCAGAAGAUCAGGAUAAACGUGACAUUGCAAAGGGUCAUUUGAAGAAAGUGACAGAACAGUACCCUGAUGAUGUAGAAGCCUGGAUUGAGCUAGCCCAAAUCCUAGAGCAGACAGAUAUACAGGGUGCUCUUUCUGCUUACGGUACAGCAACACGGAUCCUUCAAGAGAAAGUACAAGCUGAUGUCCCUCCAGAGAUUUUGAAUAAUGUGGGUGCUCUCCACUUCAGACUUGGGAACUUGGGAGAAGCAAAGAAAUAUUUCUUGGCAUCUCUGGAUCGUGCUAAAGCAGAAGCAGAACAUGAUGAACAUUACUACAAUGCUAUCUCAGUGACUACCUCCUACAACCUUGCCAGAUUGUAUGAAGCAAUGUGUGAAUUUCAUGAAGCAGAAAAGCUAUACAAGAAUAUCUUAAGAGAACAUCCAAACUAUGUUGACUGCUAUCUGCGUUUAGGAGCUAUGGCCAGAGACAAGGGAAACUUCUAUGAAGCUUCUGAUUGGUUUAAAGAAGCCCUUCAAAUUAAUCAGGACCACCCAGAUGCUUGGUCCUUGAUUGGUAAUCUCCAUUUGGCUAAACAAGAGUGGGGGCCUGGCCAGAAGAAAUUUGAAAGAAUAUUGAAGCAGCCAUCAACUCAGAAUGACACUUACUCUAUGUUAGCUUUGGGCAAUGUAUGGUUACAGACCUUGCACCAGCCUACCAGGGAUCGAGAGAAGGAAAAACGUCAUCAAGAUCGUGCCCUGGCCAUUUACAAACAAGUGCUCAGGAAUGACCCGAAGAAUUUAUAUGCUGCAAAUGGCAUAGGAGCUGUACUGGCACACAAAGGAUAUUUCCGUGAGGCUCGGGAUGUUUUUGCCCAAGUGAGAGAGGCAACAGCAGAUAUUAGUGAUGUGUGGCUCAAUCUGGCGCACAUUUAUGUGGAGCAGAAGCAAUACAUCAGUGCUGUACAGAUGUAUGAAAACUGCCUCAGAAAAUUCUAUAAGCACCAGAACACAGAGGUUCUGCUGUAUUUGGCCCGAGCUCUCUUCAAAUGUGGCAAAUUACAAGAGUGCAAGCAGACACUGUUGAAGGCCAGACAUGUGGCACCCAGUGAUACCGUUCUUAUGUUCAACGUUGCCUUAGUACUGCAGAGGCUGGCUACAUCUGUCCUGAAAGAUGAAAAAAGCAACUUGAAGGAAGUGCUCAAUGCUGUGAAAGAACUGGAGUUAGCUCAUAGAUACUUCAGUUAUCUGAGUAAAGUAGGAGACAAAAUGAGAUUUGAUUUGGCACUUGCUGCAACUGAAGCCAGGCAGUGCUCUGAUCUGCUGAGUCAAGCUCAGUAUCAUGUGGCUCGGGCUCGCAAACAGGAUGAAGAAGAACGGGAGUUGCGGGCGAAACAAGAACAAGAAAAAGAGCUACUGCGUCAGAAGUUGCUCAAAGAGCAGGAAGAAAAGCGCCUCCGGGAAAUAGAGGAACAAAAGAAACUGCUGGAACAGAGAGCACAGUAUGUGGAGAAGACCAAGAAUAUUUUGAUGUUCACUGGAGAAGUUGAAGGAUCAAAAGAGAAAAAACGUGGUGGAGCUGGCCGGCGUUCCAAAAAAACUGGAGAAUUUGAUGAGUUUGUCAAUGAUGAUAGCGAUGAAGAUCUUCCAGUAUCUAGAAAGAAGAAGAGAAGGAAGGGCAGUGGCAGUGAACAAGAUGGUGAGGAAGAAGAUGGAGAGAAGAAAAAGAAGAAGCGCCGCAGAGCUCCAAAGGCAGAUGAUGGUACUGAUGAUGAUGAAAAUGAGACUGCACCUAGACCUAAAAAACGCCGCCCAGCCAAGACUGAGAAGAGGAAGCCCAGGCCUGAACGUCUGCCUCCUUCAAUGAAAGGAAAGAUAAAAUCUAAAGCCAUCAUUUCAUCAAGUGAUGAUUCAUCUGAUGAAGAUAAACUCAAGAUUGCGGAUGAUGGGAAUGUCAGGAACAGCAACAGUGAUUCAGAUGACGCUGAGCAGACACGUAACAAGCGCAUCAUGUCAGAUAGUGAUUCAGACAAUAGUAACAAGUCUGGUAGCGAGGGUGGAAGUCCCAGGCGAUCCAGCGUCCGCCCUUCUGACGACGACUCAGAUAGUGAUGGGUCGGCGAGAAAGAGGAGACGAUCUGAUUCUGAGCAAUCUGACAAUGAGUCUGUACAUUCUGGGAGAAGCCAGUCUGUGCGAUCAGGAAGGAGUCAGUCUGUGCAGUCAGGAAGAAGUCGCUCUGGCGAUUCUGAGAAUGAAUCUCGGCCAGCUUCUCACAGCGCUGAUUCUGACAGAGAUUCAGAGAGGGCAUCUGAUAAUGAGGGUUCAGGUAACGACUCAGAGCCAGAGGCAUCUAACAACGAGGGAUCUGAACGAGGCUCAUAUGGUGGAUCAGAUGACAGUGAUUAGGUUUUUGUUGCAGCCUGUUUUUUAUAAACUGUAAAUAUAUUUGGGUUGGAGAGAAAUUGAGGGAAGAUAGAAAUGUCCAUCUUCUAUAUUUGAAAACUGUGAUUUGGAAAAACAUGCACAACAAUGUUUUAGGGGGAAAUAUUUAAAGUUUAUUUCCUAUAGCAUUUUUCUACUGAAAUGUACACAUGCUAGAUCCUGGUGUUCCUCUAGCACAUGGUAUCUAUUUGAUUCUGUUCUCAUAAAUCAGAUAUGCUGUACAGAGGACUAAGAAGCUUGCCUCGUCAUACUGUACUUAAGGUAUGAAGAGUCGAGACCAAGAUGGUAAUAUUGCAUCCACUUAAACUUGCUUAAGAUUCCCCGGGGACAAAUGGCACUUUAGCACAUUUGACUGGGCAUGUGGGUUACAGAGUGACCUCAUAAGAAUUUCUCAAAUGGUGUAAAGGAUGUUUGGGCUUACAAAGCUAUCUUUGUGGCUAUGUAGCUCUUCUAAUAUCUUUGUAUGUUUUGUUGAAAUACAUUGCUGUAGCAAAAUGUCUAAAAUGGAACUAAUGUAUGAAAUAUAAUGCUAGAGGGAUGUAGAUAAUGUCAUAUUAGGACUUGGCAGAAAAAAGAUCUGCCGACGGGAUCUAAUAAAAGCUCUUGCUACCAUCUU